CUGAGGAGCGCCCUGAGGGCGGGCACCGCCCGCGCUGCGCGCACGCGCGGCGCAGACACAAGAUGGCGGCGGCCGCGCUGGGCUGGGCGCUGAGGGCGGCUCGGCAGGUUCUCCCCUCGCCCUGCCCAAGGCAGGUGCGGAGCUACUAUGUGGACUGGAGGAUGCUGCGGGACGUGAAGAGAAGGAAGAUGGCCUACGAGUAUGCGGAUGAGAGGCUGCGGAUCAACGCCAUCCGCAAGAAUUCCAUCCUUCCCAAGGAGCUGCAGGAGGUGGCUGACAAGGAGAUCGCGGCGCUGCCGCGGGACAGCUGCCCCGCGCGCAUCCGGAACCGCUGUGUGCUGACGUCCCGCCCGCGCGGGGUGAAGCGGCGCUGGAGGCUCAGCAGGAUCGUGUUCCGCCACUUUGCCGACCACGCUCAGAUGUGCGGGGUGCAGAGAGCCAUGUGGUGAGAUCACCACGGGGAGGUGCAGGCAGGCAGGGGAAACAAACCAGGCCCGUUUGUGUGUAACUAAAGCAAGACUGUCCUGCCUCCGAGUCCAGCAUCACUGGCAGUCUAAUGAGGGAAGCACCAGAAGUUGUGCUGAUUCAUUAAACUCACUGGAUUACAACUGGUAUCACCUGACAAGCAGCAGCACAACUGCACUGAGCUGGUCUGUGUGAGAGGCAGCUUGAUGGUGAGAAAAAAAAUCACUAUGUGAUGCCUGCAAAACUAAGCUGAGGUUUGUGUUAUGGGCAACGUUAGAAAUAAAGACAUACAGCACAAG